UUUAGGAACGAUACAGAGGCUGGCUCUGACUAGCCAACAUGGAGACGAACACAUAACACGGAGUGGAAUAUCCAGAUGGACAAGGGUGCACAAGUGAUCACAACUACAACCCAGACCCCUUUUCUGGGUUGUCUGCCCUUGCCAUUGUAACUUAUAGAUUUUAAAAGCCAGCAUGGUGCUGCAGUUUCAUCUGGAUGCUGGAGGACAAUGGAUUUUUAUCUUUACUUUCAUAUCCAGCUGUCUUAUUGUACCAGUAAUAACCAGCACAUAUUAUUUUGACAAGUACGGUCACUGCACUUCCACCGAUCCCAUCCUGAUAGACGAUGAACAGCAUACCGUUUUGGCAAAGGGUGGUGAAGCUUACUCCACACUGCAGUGUGACUUAUCCUUUAAAGCUAAUCGCAAUGACCAGUUGUGCCUGCACUUCAUCACCUACAGCAUUGAGAACUGUGAUGUAGAACUGUUUGUGUAUGACAAAGAUUCCAGUUCAGGCAGCUAUAUGAACAAAUUCACUUGUGGAUCAGAUGUCCACAGUGUUUGCAGCUCAGGCCGUUACAUGACACUGUUGUUAAAAAAGAGGAGGUUGAGUUCCAAACUGUACAACUUUGAGCUCAUUGUGAGGGAGAAGUCUGAAAGUGACGUGUUUAUGGAUGGCUUGGAUGCAUUUGUGCUGUCCAUUGGUCUCAUCAUCGGAAUCAUUGUGGGUGUGGUGUGUCUAAUCGCAGUAUUGGCCGUCAUCAUUGUUUGUUGUUGUUGUAAAAGGAAGUCCAGCCAGGGACGUGUUUACCGCAAAGCACCAAAGGCAGUCUCUGAGUGUGAACCAUUCCAGACUAAUGUCAACCACCACCCUGUACAACCAUCAGCACCCCCACUUCAGGAGAGUAAUCCUCCUCUAUCAGCCAUGCCACUUCCUCAUGACCUCCAAGCAUAUGCCCAGCCACCUUUUCCUCGGGAACCACCACCAGCCUAUUCUCAAGACCCUCCCUCAGAGAAUCAGGCUCUAGAAAUUGUCAAAACUUGAAAUCAUCACCUCUGGAGUCUUCAAAGUCUGAUGCUAUCAGAUUUUUUGUUAAUCUAAUCAUGAUGACAUCGGAUUUUGUGAUGAUCUAAACAUGAUGUCAUCAUAUUUUGUGUUCAUUGAAACAUGAUGUCAUCAGAUGUUUGUUCAUCCAAGCACAACAUCAUCAAAUCAUGGAAUCAUCAUAACUUUGAUAUCAAAUUUUGUUGUCAUUUACAUUUUGUAAUGACAAUGUUGUUUUAAACACUAGAUGCCAUCAAGUGUUGUCAUCAUCUUAAUAUGAUUUUAUCAAACACAAAGCAUGUCAUGAAAUUCUGGAGUUCAUCACAACUGGUGGUUGUCAUCAAAUCCAGAAAUCAUCACUUUGUGAUGUCAUUGAUUCUAAGAUUAUGGUGUUAAAUGCAUUAUGUGAACAGAUGUCGUGUAGAGAUAAUUGAUUUCAUUAUUUGUGACGGCAUGAUUCAUGUUUUCCUGUGAUCAUGAUGUGUGAUAUAAUCAGUAUCUGCUCCGUUUCAAUAUCUUGUCAUAAAGAAAGAAGUUCAAAGAACCCCUAAAUAUUUUUGUAUGAACUUGGUAGCUUAACAUAAUAUCAUACCACAUACGUUUGAAGAAUAUCUAGAGGUGUAUUUGAAUUAUUCAAGAGCUUCAUCAAUGAAGAGAACAAUAUGGUGUAGUCUCUACGUGAUUGUCUCCCUUUAUGAAUACAUUUGUAAAUUGCUUGUGAUUGCCUCCCUUUAUAUAUAGGAAUACCAUCAACUAGCCAUUUAUUACAACAUACUUGUGUGGAACAGUGCAUUAAAGAUCAUUGUAAUUUUAUGGUCAAGAAUGGCUUAAUUACACAGAAUAUAUUUAUAUUGAUAGAUUAGUUAAUAUAAUAAAUUAUUUACUAUUUAUUCAAAUGCAGUUGCCAUAGAUGAUCUAGUGCCAUGACUGUAUGUCAUUAGUUAACUGUAUCAAUAUCAAACAUUAUUAAUGUAACUUUGUGUGACUACAUAUAGCAUUUUAAGUGGCAUAGUUAUUAUAUAAUUCAUAUACUGUCAUAUCUUAUUAUUAUUACAUAUUUUGUGAUGAGACCAAGUAAGAAAAGUCUCCAGCUGGAGAGUUUUUUAUGAGAUGAUUAAGUUUGCUGGACAAAAUAUGUCUCAAUAUCAAAAGUAAUGUUGAUUUGGAACUAUUUAUUUAAUGUCAUAUCAGAUCUGAAGUGUUUUUACCCCAUUUAUCAUUGUCAAAGUUUCAGACUUGUAUAUAUCAUUUCUUAUGUAAGCUAUCCUCAUAUAACCCUGGCUGUUGCGAGUUAACUCGAAAACAAACUAUUGUUUGGGGGAAAAAAAACUAUUUGUGGCACUCUACUGGGUUACCUGAUCUUAAUAAGAAAGAUUUUUUUGGGGGAUGUUUACAGCAGAGAAAGAUUUGUCAUAUCUGGUAUCAUAUCAAUGUAAAUAUUACAUAACAAUAUCAAUAGAAAGUUACAAAUCAAUUGAUGGUAUACUCACCAAAAUAUUUAUGAAUUAUUACUAUGUUAACCAUAUCAGAACAGCACUCUCCAUGACAUAAUAUUGAUAUGCUCCAUGUCAUGAACACACAAUGUCAGUUAACAGGGACCAGUAUUAUCUACCUUUGUUUCACUUAACUGUUAGUGUUUUAUAUAUCACCUUUAUCCCUCUACACCUUCACUCAUUACUGGGACAAAAUGUAAACAGAACUAAUACUUGCACCAGUACACUGCAUUGUCCUUUAUGGGAACAUAUAGAUUCUGCACUGAGGCUGCAUAGUUUGUUUUUAAGACUUGGAAUAGGGGUUUUUCAGUAUUUUCAUUAUUUUGUUACAUUUGAUGAAAACUCAUUGUCAGAAUAAGAAAUUUGUUAAUGCUUUAUGAUACUGUCACUGAAGGGUUCAUUUUUGGUAUGAUAGCUUUAAGAAAACCUAGUCAAGAUUGGUUAGCACUAGAAAUCAAGAAUGUUCAGCUGAUCUAAAUGCAGGCAUUUCUUUAGUCUCAAUCUUUCAAUAAAUAUCGUUGUAUAAAUACAUUUGUCAUAAAUAACAACCUAGGAAAUUCUGUCAGAAUAUUGAGUCUUAGUUUGAAAUUUCCUGUAGAGCUGUGAAGUAAUCAUUUAUAUUAUCAACUAGCCAUGCUAUAUAUAUAUAACUCAUUUAACAAAGUCUGAACGUGGGGACAAAAACAAAACAAUCACAAACCCUCCCCCCACCUUUCUUCCCUACCACACACAUUUUACAACAUGGGUUAUGAAAAUUGCUGACCAAUUGUAGUGAUAGAAAAUAUUAAUCAAUGUUCUUUUAACAGAAUCAUGUUUUUUAUUUUUUUUUUUUUAAGUCCGACUUAUUGAAAUGAUAUAUUAUGAUUUUAUUAGUGAUGAAUCAAUUUCAGUGCAAUAUUGUAUUUGAUUAUUUUAAAUGUUUUACCUUUUGUUGUUUUAUUUAAAGCUUUAUUUAUAGAUGUUUUGUAAACCGUCCUAUUUUGUGUUAAAAUCAAUAUUUAUUUUACUUUGUUUAUUAUUGUAAGAAAUUCCUAUUUUGCCAUCAUCUUUCAUAUUUAUA